AAAUAGUCAUACUUGUAGAAUUGACACACACACAAAACCCCCCAUUACUCCCCCGGAAAACCAGAAAACCAAACCAUUCCCUGAAAAACAGGAAUGAAGAAAAAGUGCGAAUUAUGUAGCCUAUCAGCCCAGAUUUAUUGCCAAUCAGAUAACGCAAGUUUAUGUUACACCUGCGACCAAACAGUCCAUUCCGCCAAUUUCCUUGUAGCCAAACACUCCCGAACUCUUUUAUGUACCCACUGUCAAUCUCUUACUCCUUGGACGGCUUCUGGUCUUAAUCUCGGUCAAACUAAGACUACUUGUGCCAACUGCCAACAACAACAACAAUCUGAUUCAUCUCAUCAUAUCCAAAACGACGUCGUUGAAGAAGAAAAUGAUGAUAAUAAUAAUACUGAAUAUGAUGAAACCGAUGAUGUAACUGAGGAUGAUGAAGAAGUAUCUUCUUCUGACGAAUCUGAUGCUGAGAAUCAAGUGGUGCCGUGGUCUUCUGUUGUCUCGCCACGUGUCAAUAGCUGUUCUAGUAGUGAUGAAUGUAGUAGAUCUCAGAUGAAACGGUGUCGUUUUGAUCAUGAGUUUAUUGAUUCUGAGGAUGAAAUGGAUACAGAAGAUAUAGAUACAGAUAGAGAAACAGAGUUUUCAUCAGAAGAGAGAUCAAGUAGGAAAAAGAGGACGGAUAUUUACAACUACAGAUCAUACUUAUAGGCGCGAUUUUAUUCAUUAGAUCGAUCAGAAAGAGUUUCUGUUUUAAGAGUCAAUUCAUUAUCCAAAACGAUGUACAGUUAAAUGAUUUGUAUGAUCUUUUGAUUAAAUUGUUACACGAAAUCGAGUUCAAAUGUAGCUUAUUGUUUUGAUUUUUUUGUAAUUGAUGUUUGUUUCGCCAAAAAAGGAUUUCAAUAACAGGAAUAUUUUUGUUAAAA